UAGUAUUACCACAGUAGAUGUAUAAACUUAGUCUAAGGUAACUCUGUGCCAUUGUUUAUCAAUAGUGGUUUUCUAAGACCUGUUAUGAGGUCUCCCGUGAAGGAAGGCCUCAGGAUCUUACAAAGAAGUUGUUUUCAUAGAAUCAGUGUCUUUUUCGGAAACAAUCUUUCGUCUGCUGGGAAAAUAAGAACAACAACAAAGAUGGCGUCGACUACAGAGCCGUUGGGUGAAUUUCCUUCUUGGGGUUUACUACCAAGGAAAGAAACUGGAGUGGUUAGCUUGAUUAAUAAAUACCCAAACUAUGAUGGACGAGGGGUAGUCAUCGCCAUCUUUGAUUCUGGUGUUGAUCCUGGUGCUCCUGGUUUACAGGUAACUACAGAAGGUAAAGUAAAGAUCAUAGAUCGUAUAGAUGCAUCAGGAGCUGGUGAUGUUGAUACCUCAACUGUAGUAGAAGCAUCUGAGGGAGUCAUUGCCGGCCUCAGUGGUCGUAAACUUAAGGUUCCAGAAUCAUGGGUUAACCCUUCCGGGAAGUAUCAUAUAGGUGUCAAAGGAGCAUAUGCCAUUUAUCCCCAACGACUACGUGAGCGUGUGUCAAAAGAACGCAAGGAAAAGAAUUGGGAUACUGUCCAUAAAGCUUUAGUAGCAGAAGCACAGAGAAAGUUACAGGCUAUCGAGAGCAAUAAGAGUCCAAAUGGAAAUGGUGGAAAUUACCUAGAGAAGCUUACAAAAGAAGAUGCAGAGUCCAGGGUUGCACAGCUAAAUGCCCUUGAGAAGAAGUAUUAUGAUUUAGGACCUGCAUAUGACUGUGUUGUAUAUCAUGAUGGAGAUAUGUGGAGAGCUUGUAUAGACACAUCAGAACGAGGAGAACUGGAAUCUGGAAUUCAUCUGGGUGAAUAUAGGCUCUGUUACCAGUGGGCUUCACUAACUGAGGCAGAUCAGUACAACAUAUCAAUAAAUGUUCACAAUGAUGGAAAUAUUUUAGAAAUUGUGGGCAUGUGCUCUAGCCAUGGUACCCAUGUAGCAUCAAUUGCAUCGGCCAAUUUUCCUGAUAAUCCUGAGAGAAAUGGAAUUGCACCAGGAGCGCAAAUAGUUUCAAUCACUAUAGGAGAUAACCGUAUUAGCAGUAUGGAAACAGGGACAGCAUUAGCAAGAGCAAUGAUACGAGUUAUGGAAAACCCAUAUUAUAAAGUAGAUGUUAUCAAUAUGAGCUAUGGUGAACAUGCACAUUGGUGUAGUUCUGGGCGCUUAGGAGAGCUAGCACAUGAGGUUGUAAACAAGUAUGGUGUGAUCUGGGUAGCAUCAGCUGGCAACCAUGGACCUGCAUUGGCUACUGUUGGAGUACCUCCUGAUUUUCAAAAUGAUUCUAUCAUAGGUGUAGGUGCUUAUGUAUCUCCUGAUAUGAUGACUGCUGAAUACUCCAUGAUUGAAAAGCUUCCUGGGUGUCCAUAUACUUGGUCUUCAAGAGGUCCUACAGCUGAUGGUGCAAGAGGGGUAACAGUGUGUGCUCCAGGUGGUGCAAUCACUUCAGUUCCAAGAUUCACUCUACAUAGUAAUCAGUUAAUGAAUGGCACAAGUAUGGCAUCCCCUCACACUGCAGGUUGUGUUGGCUUGAUUGUUUCCGCUUUGAAACAGAAAAGCAUUCCAUAUUCUCCGUAUUCCGUCCGUCGAGCAAUAGAGAAUACAACUCUCACCUUAGAUGUUGAUAUCUUUGCUCAAGGUCAUGGUUUAAUACAGGUACAACACGCUGUUGAGCACUUAAUUCAGUAUUCUGGAGGUGUAGAAGAUAAGGUUCACUUUGCAGUAGAAUGUGGUAGUGAAAGAACAAAGGGUAUACAUCUGCGUAAUUGGCCUGCACUCAAACCUGUUGAUGUAUCCGUCACAGUUGAACCCAAGUUACUAAAUGACGCAAAAGCAGAACCUAGUGAAAAACUGUCCUUUUGUAUGGAGUUCGUUAUGACCUGUGAUGCUCCGUGGGUUAGGGCGCCACCUUGUUUACAAAUGUCAUAUAUGUUUAGAUCAUUUCAGGUUAGUAUAGAUCCUAGAGGGCUAAAUCGAGGUGGUGUUUACUUCACCACAGUUAAGGCCUAUAAUGCCAGUAAUGUAGAAAAAGGAGUCAUGUUUGAGGUACCGAUUACUAUUGUUGUUCCAACUGUAGAUCUUCUUCAUGGAUACUUCUAUUCAAGUGCAGCAGAAGUCUUUCGUGCUGGAUGUGUGAGACGUCACUUUCUACAAGUACCGAUUGAGUCAACAUGGGCAAGCGUAACUCUGAAAGCCUCGCAUUCAGAAAAGUGCCAAAGAUUCACCCUUCAUGCUGUUCAGCUCAAACCCAGUUGUAGUGUAAAAACAUUGGAAUAUUAUAAGGUGGUUAACCUGGGAUGUAAUGAAAGUACCACUUUAGUAUUUGCUGUGCGUGGAGGCUAUACACUGGAGCUCUGCUUAGCUAGAUGGUGGUCAAGUCUGGUUGAAGGUCAAGUCGAAACCUCUGUAGAUUUUCAUAGUCUUCGUCCAUCUCAAGAAGAGGUAACAUUAUUGUGCAAUGAAGGAAUACAAAGAAUUGAUGUUAGAGCAGGAUUGAGGCCUGAAGAAAUAGCUCCACAGGCAUGUUUGAAGCAUCAUACACAGGUUCUAAUGCCUGCUGACAGCAAGGUGGAAGUCUUAGGAGGAGCAAGAGAUACUGUACCUGACAGCCGACCUAUUUAUCACUUGAUUCUUAACUACAGUCUCACAGUUACGAAAGCUGCAGAGGUGACGCCAAAGUGUUCGUUAUUGAGUGAUGUUCUGUACGAAUCUGCAUUUGAGUCACAGCUGUGGUUAUUAUUUGAUCACAAUAAGCAGUUAAUGGGAUGUGGUGAUGCAUACAGUCAUAAGUACAGCUUAAAGUUGGAGAAAGGUGAAUACACUAUUAGACUUCACGUUCGUCAUGAGCGACCAGAUUUGCUAGAGAAACUUACAGAUUUGCCCUUAACCGUCCUGACGAAGUUGACACAAGAGGUUAAAUUAGAUCUAUACACAUCAUUUAAUGCAGCAGUAGCAUCUGGUAAAAAGGCCCAUUCCCUGACAUUGAGCACUGGUGCCGUCCAGCCAAUCUACCUCACAGCUCCUAGCCUUUCUGACAAGACACUAAAGGGUUUAGGGUUGACCCCUGGCCAAGCGUUAUUAGGUACACUGUCGUUUGCCAAGGAUGAACUAGUUCGGAAAGCUGUAAGUAGCCACAAGUUUGGCCGCAUACGUACUAUGCCGGAUCAGUACCCAUUACGAGUGGUGGUGACAGAGCUGCCAUGUAAGAAACGCAGUACAGCCAGCAGUGGCACUGGAACAGAAGAAAAGAAAGAGACAAAGACUCAUGCUGAUUAUUUGGAAGCCCUGAGAGAUCUGCAAACAGCUUGGAUAGCUAAAUUAGACAGUGAGAGUGGUGAGCAGAUUCACCGUGAGGUGAUGACAACCCAUCCUGACCACCUUGCUGCCCAGUUGGCUAGGCUACAGGCUCUUGAUGCAGGUGGGGCACAAAAUAGGGCUUUAGUUAUUGCCCAAGCUAAACAGAUUGUUUCUGCAGUGGAUACAGCUCCACUCUUAGCUUUCUACGGUACAAAAACAGACACUCGCUCUGAUGCAGCAAAGAUAAAGACACAGAUGGAUAAACAACGGAACACAUUACUGGAAGCUUUAUCGCGACAAGGGAGUGCAUUGUGUUCAGAUAUUCUACAGCUUCCAGCCAGUGAGCGACCACAAGAGACUCUGGAACAAGUUGAUAACAUUGCAACUGAGGUUUUGAAAUUUGUUGAGGCAUCAGAUUCAAAGGUUAAUUCAUUUUUUGCCAGUUAUUAUCAAGUACGAGGAUUUGAUGGAUUAUCAGCUCGCAUAAUUUUACGUCAGUGUGAAGAGAAAUGGACCCGUGAUAAUGAGGCAAAAUUAACUGAUGCCUAUACUCGAAUGGGCUGGACCCAUGCUGCUAGCCUCAUUGCCAGUACCCAUCCAUUAAGAUUCCCGACUAGUUUUGCACCUUUUUAACAUGGAUGCUAAUGUUCAUACUCAGUGACGCUGGCCGCCAUGAACUAUACUGCCAUUUAGCUUGUGUAUUAACAUGGAAGCUUUUGAGUGAAUCUGUAAUGGAAUUUUAUGAUUGAUAUUUAUUGGAAGUACAUUUGUUGGGUGAUCUUAUGAAGCAAUAUUCUGUUGAAGGAUGGAAAGGGUGCUAUGAUCAUUGCAAUAUAUGAUUAUACUUACAAAUUUUAUAAUUUUAUAAAGUUUGGUUGUUGGUUAUUGUUAGAUUACAGACUAUCAAAGUCUCAUUUCAAGUCUCUUAAAUGUGCACAUUCAUAUAAAGGAGGGUGCUGAAUCAGAAGGUGAAAAUCUGUUUCUUCCUAUUACUGUUAUCAUGAACUUGUAUUUUAAGGACAACUUCCAAUCUUAUUUCUAGAUACUGGGGUAAGUAUUUUUUUUUAUCUUUUCCCCUUUCUUCUUGGAAGGUUAUAUUUUUAAUUUUAUUAAAGAAAGCCACAGUUUAAUGUGGUAGGUGUUGAGAAAUUUCUGCUAAAAGAUCUUAUGCUGCAGUUGUUUUCCAUUUUUAUUGUUUUUCAAUUUUUGGUUCAGUUUGUACUGAAUACUGUACCUUGUUCUGAGGUGUGUGUAUAUAGCAUAGAAUUACACGAUAUUGAUAACCAAAUUUAUUUUUAUUGAUAAAGUAAUAUAUUUUCUUGUCAUGUUUACUUUUUAUAGUUUCAUCCAUUGGUCUGUUAAUUAACUUUAGUUGCAUUGUACGUUUUGUAUAUUUGAUAGAACAUUUAUUUUAACUUUGUUUCUGAUUAUAUUGGAACACUGUGAAUGACAUAACUAGGGAAUUUUAAAACACUGCAAAGCAACCUUGUACAAAAGAGGAUAUAUUUUAUUGCAAUCACUCUAUACUGGUAUUUUUACAAGUUAAGACAUUUCUCAUAAGCUAAUAUCUGUCUUGAAGACCUAGAGAAUUACAAUUGCAUAUACUGGUUUGUACUCAAAAUAACAUUUGGAUUGGGAUUUCCAAUAUACGUAUUGGGAUAUUACUGUACUUGAAGUGUUUAAAUUCCUGUAGGAUCUUGUACCCUAGUGAGGGUAAUUUUUUUAUUGUCUUCAGUAGUUUUAAUAUGUUGUAUUGCAUUGGACAGUACAGGGUUAUUUUAUUAUCUGUGUUGUUUUUAUAUAUUUCUGUACAUUAUAUGCCUACUUUUUUUGUUGCAUCUGCACACGUGAGUAGCUACCCAAAGUCAGGAAGGUGUUUGAGCUCUGUUUUUGAGAGUAAGACUGACAACAAAUGAAUAGUCAGAUUUCAUAACCAUGAAAAAAGAAUAUUUGUAAUAUAUGCCAAAAUAAAUGAAAAAGCGUAA